GGAGUGAUUAUUUUGAAGUGGGGGUUAAAGAUGGCGGCGGUGGAGAGCAGGCUGAAGCUUCACAAUCAUUCCGGGCUCAAUCGGAAAGCUGCUUCUACUUUUGGGCACAGUGUUCUUACUACUGCUGGGGCCAACGUGAAAUAAGACGAAGCGUGAGGAUUGCCACUCGGAUUGCAUCCGAUCACUUGCAAUAUAUAAUGUGGACAGUCAAUCAGGAAGGCCGGCUUCAGAUUGGAUGUGCAAAAAAAGGAGUUGGACUGAGCGUGUGAAUAUGGCCAUAUACACAGCUUUAUGUUUGUGUGGAUUUGGAAGAAGACAUGUAUCAUGAGAUGAGUGGCGAUGAGGCGGAAGAGCUGCUGGAGGAAGAGAUGGUGGCUGGGCCUGUUCCAAUUGUGGUGGCAGAUGAAGAUGAACACCAGUUUUCUGUGGAUGAGCAGGCGCUGGAGCGUGUCCUGCUGCAGGAACACGUCCGAGAUCUCAACGUGGUAGUGGUGUCGGUCGCCGGAGCCUUCCGCAAGGGCAAGUCCUUCCUGCUGGAUUUCAUGCUCCGAUAUAUGUACCACCAGAAAUCGUCCACAUGGCUUGGGGGAGAUGAUGAACCACUGACAGGCUUCACUUGGCGGGGGGGCUGUGAGAGGGAGACAACAGGAAUACUGGCCUGGAGCGAAGUGUUUGUGGUUGAUAAACCGGAUGGGACCAAGGUGGCGGUGCUUCUCAUAGACACACAGGGAGCCUUCGACAGCCAGUCCACCAUCAAGGACUGCGCCACCCUCUUCGCCCUCAGCACCAUGACCAGCUCUGUUCAGGUUUACAAUUUAUCUCAGAAUGUACAAGAGGAUGAUCUUCAACAUCUGCAGCUUUUCACAGAGUAUGGAAGACUUGCAAUGGAGGAAAUUUACCUAAAACCAUUCCAGUCACUAAUGUUUCUUAUAAGAGACUGGUGUUACCCAUAUGAACAUGAAUACGGCCAGGAAGGAGGAAAUGCUUUUCUAGAGAAAAGGCUGCAGGUGAAGCAGAACCAACACGAGGAGCUCCAGAAUGUCCGGAAGCACAUCCACUCCUGUUUCUCUAACAUCAGCUGCUUCCUGCUUCCUCACCCUGGCCUCAAAGUGGCCACAAACCCCCAUUUUGAUGGUAGAUUGAGAGACAUCGAUCCUGACUUUAAAAAAGCGCUCGUGAAUCUCAUCCCACUGCUGUUGGCCCCAGAGAACUUGGUGGAGAAAGAAAUCAAUGGUUCCAAAGUGACAUGUAGAGAUCUUGUACAGUAUUUCAAAGCUUACAUGAAAAUCUAUCAAGGAGAAGAGCUACCACACCCAAAGUCCAUGUUACAGGCAACAGCUGAAGCUAACAACCUUGCAGCAGUUGCAGGAGCCAAGGACGCGUACAUCAAAAGCAUGGAACAGGUGUGUGGAGGAGACAAGCCCUACAUUGCCCCAGCUGAUUUGGAGCGCAGCCAUGAGGAGCUGAAGCAGAGCUCCAUACGGCAGUUCCGCACCAUCAAGAAGAUGGGAGGCGAGGAGUUCUGUCGCCGCUACCAGGAGCAGCUGGAGGCCGAGCUGGACGAGGCUUAUGUCAACUUUGUCAAGCACAACGACGGAAAGAACAUUUUCUAUGCAGCGCGCACGCCGGCCACGCUCUUCGCCCUCAUGUUUGCCAUGUACGUGGUAUCGCUAGUGACGGGCUUUGUGGGCAUAAACUCUGUGGCAACGCUGUGCAAUCUGAUCAUGGGCGUGGCUCUGGUGUCUCUGUGCACCUGGGCAUAUGUCAAAUACUCAGGGCAGUUCCGUGAGGUGGGCAGCAUCAUCGACCAGGUGGCAGAGACUCUCUGGGAGCAGGUGUUUUGCAAGCUUUUUGAGGUUGCCAGGAACAAAGUGACGCAGAGCACGCUCCUGCCCGCUCAGCGAAACAGACUACCCUCAAACAACAAUGUGAAGAAGAAAAACUAGUCUCUACAUUCCCUUUCAUAAACUGCUGUUUCGGACUUGCUCAGCCCUGACGAGCGAGUGGCCUCCGCCACGCCGCGCUGGGUUUAAGAAGAAAAUGUGUACUCGGUUCUGUACAUUUGUAGAAUGCAAGAUGGCACUUUCAUCAUUAAGAUGUCUCAUUUUGUCAUGCUGACAUUUGUGUCUCAUGGAGGACUGAAGUAUGUGUGUUUUUUUUAAUUUUUAUUUUUUUUUGGGGGGGGGGAUUAUGACACGUGUUAAUGGUUUUUUUUUUUUUUUUUUUUUUUUGUGCGUUUCCAUCAUUCCCUCAGCUUGCAUGUCACUUCUGACCUUUCCAUGUUCUUUCCAUUCCUUAUUAUUCACCUGAUCAUUCCCAUAUCCCCUCCCCCCUCUUACUUUCGAUUACCUCUGCUCAGGUGUUGCGGCCUUUCGGUGAUUCAGUUUAUUUUGGGCUGAACUCCAUCCAAGCUUGCUUGAGUUGCCAAGUUACAGACAAACUGACGCUGCACCAAUCAUAGAGCCAAAGUUUACGCCGUUCUUAGUGCACAUUCUGUAGUGUGAGAGAUUUUUGUCUUUGAACACUUGAGACAUUGGCAUUAGCGUCUUUGCCACUAGUGGAAGACACUGGGAUUGGCCUUUUAGUUCAGGAACCUUGCUAAUGAGGUGGAUAGUUAAACUUGCCAUCCUACUCCACCCUCCCCUGUGGUAAAAUGGCACAUUUUAUACUUUAAUUUACUUUUCCACUGAAUAACACAAGGCACUUAAUGGUUACACUCAUAUUCAUAAUGUGCUAAAGGAAUCCGGCACUAUCUAUAGAUUUUAAUUGCACAUUUCUUUGUCAAUCUUGUUGUUUAAAUAAAUACAACACGUUUUAUUCAAGAUGUAUGACGUCUUAUGUUCCAGUGUUAGAUUGUGAGAUCACAUCCUAGAGGAAAAGGAUGAACCGUACCUAUAACGGUAGCAAAGUGAAAUUACUGUACAGUCGCUUCUUUAGGCCUACGUGCUGUCUCCCUGCUGUAUAAUAGAACAAAGCUUUGAUUCCAUCCACAAGGUGAUGGCUGACAUGUAUGCUAUCCUGUACAGCUCUGAUUUUUUUAAACUUGUCACAAAUGGGGCAUGUGUCUGGAAAAUAAAUGUAUAAUUACAAUUUUCUAUACUUUUUUUUUUUUAAUUUUAUUUUUUGUAGUUGGAACGACAUCGGUUUUGUGGUAGGCCGAUGUGCGCUUAAUUUAAAGGAAUGCUUUAGUGAUGUGUAAAUGUCAGAAGGAUGCAUUAUAUAUAUAUAUUUUUCUUUAUAUAUUAAUAUGCCUUGUGCAUCACAAUUCUACUCUUGCUGACCAAGCACUGGAAUGUUUAUAAUCUUUUUAGUUUUUUUUUUUUUUCUUUCUUUCCCCCUUUAAUUUAUUUUUUCAAUACAAUAUUAAA